AUGCAGUCAGUGACGAGUUCAAACCAACCAUCUGUUUCUGUUGUACAUGAACAUCCGUCUAGCUCAGAUCCCUGUGCUACUAUAACGCAAUUUUUAAUGCGUUAUCAUAUGUUUUUUGUACUUCAUUGUGAAAGAUUUCAGGGUAGCGAAGAAGAAUUUAGUCGAAAAGCAAUUGAGAGUUUGAUUAAAAAAUUAAAAGAUAAAAGAGAUGAAUUGGACGCAUUGAUUACUGCUGUUACAUCUGGAGGAAAAUCGGCGGUUAGAUGUAUCACAAUUCAAAGGACUCUUGAUGGUCGACUUCAGGUUGCUGGUAGAAAAGGUUUUCCGCAUGUUGUUUAUGCAAAAAUAUGGAGAUGGCCAGAUUUACAUAAAAAUGAAUUGAAGCAUCUAUCUAUUUGUCAGUGUGCAUUUGAUCUUAAAUGCGAUCUUGUAUGUGUUAACCCUUAUCAUUAUGAGCGUGUUGUUCCUCCAGGGAUUGGAUGCCUUGAUUUAGCAAAUUUGAGACUGGAGAACCAACUUUUGCAUGACAAUACAUCAGCGCUUUCGCCUGAUAUUUUAUUUUAUGAUCUUUUUAGACGUUUAAUUGCAUCUGGUAUUCGCUUGGAUGUAAGAGGGGAGGGUGAUAUUUGGUUGACUUGUUUAUCAGGGAAGCCAGUUUUUGUUCGAAGCUGCUAUUUGGAUCGUGAAACUGGGAGAUCAGCAGGAGAUGGUGUACACAAAGUAUAUACUCAGGCAACUAUAACUUUUUUUCAGUGUGCCAAUAUUGGAAUUGAAGACCUUCGAUGUUCCUGUACUUUGCUCAUAUCUUUCGUCGAAGGAUGGAACCCUGGCUCAGAUCUCCGUAAAAGUUGCCCCUGUUGGAUCGAAGUACAAACCACCAGGCCAGUUCAUAAGACAGAACUUACAAAGACGUCUUAA